AUGAAUGUUGAGAGUAAUGUGUAUUCUCCAUUGAACAUUGAUGUUGGCCAGAUACAUGCUCGAUCGGAUUUCCCAUCAAGGGCACACCCCGAUCCACAUGAGUCCCCAGUCCUUCAUUGGCUCGUGGUAAACAUCCCCGGAAACGAGGUACAGAAAGGGCAAGUGAAGGCAGCCUACAUUGGGGCCGGAGCACCUGAAGGUUCAGGUUUCCAUAGAUACGUGUUUCUACUGUUCAAACAAACUGCUGGAAAAAUGGACUUCUCGACUUUGAAACAUAUUCCUAAUAACAUAGCGGAGGGGAGGCGCAGAUUCAACGCACGUGAUUUUGCAGCGAAACAUUCUUUGGUUUUGAUUGGUGGUAAUUUCGUUGAGGCGGAAUAUGACGAUUCCGUACCGGAACUUCACAAGCAGUUGGGAGUUGGACAAUUUGCGAAAUAA